GAGCUGUGCUGACCUGCACUCACUCCCGCACACCGAGAGAGAGAGAGAGAGAGAGAGAGAGAGAGAGAGAGAGAGAGAGAGAGAGAGAGAGAGAGAGAGAGAGAGAGAGAGAGAGAGAGAGAGAGAGAGAGAGAGAGAGCGAGCGAGAGCAAAGGAGACCAGACUGGUGUGCCUCUGGGUUACGCGGAAAACACCGAGUGUGAAUACCUCUUCAUCCCACGACUGACAGAGGAGACUGGAUGCUGGGUGCAGCGUCUCGAAGGGCCCCCCACGCCUCCUUCCUCGUCCAGUCCCCGAGCUCGUCGAUGAUUUUGACCUUUUUAGCCCUUUCUGUCUAUCUAUCAUAGUCCAUUUUCGUAGGGGAUGUUUUACCUCACCGGCUUGUGGCAGAUAGUGUCCACCCUGUUCAUGCUCCUGUGUGCAGCGGCGAUGGCAGAGCGAGACUGCCCGGCUGAGUGUCCCUGCACCUCCUCCUCCCCGGCGUGCCCACCUGGGGUCAGCCUGGUGACACACAAGUGUGGCUGCUGCAAGGUGUGUGCCAAGCAGUUCAACCAGGACUGCAGCGACGGCGAGCCCUGCGACUACAUAAAGGGGCUACACUGCCAUCUAGGGGCCGGAGGAGAUCCUCUGAGAGGCCUGUGUCGAGCCAAAGCCCAGGGCUUACCCUGUGAGUUUGGUGGACACGUGUACCAGCACGGCGAGGACUUCCAGCUCAGCUGCCAGCACCAGUGCAGUUGCAUCGAUGGGGUGAUCGGCUGUAUGCCCCUCUGCCCCCACCAGGUGCCCCUGCCUGACUGGCACUGCUCCCGGCCCCGCCUGGCCAGGCCCCAGGGUCACUGCUGCGAGGUGUGGGUGUGCGACGACGACAACCGCAUCAGCGAGGAGCCGGGAGAGCCUACGCCCGCGUCCAUACCGCACGCACAGCUCCUCCCCAACCACAUCAGCACCAAGCUGCAGACCCAGCACACGCAGUCCCGCACCCAGGCCAGCACGGUGGUCAGCUUCAGAGAGGCGGUGUCGCUCCCCAGGUCUGAGGUGCUGCUGGACGCCGGCUGUUUUCCCCAGACCACCAACUGGACCCAAUGUUCCAGCACAUGUGGGAUGGGCAUUUCGAGCCGCGUGACCAAUAACAAUCCAGGCUGUCAUUUGAUCAGAGAAACUAGGCUGUGCGAGGUCCAGCGGUGUGACCUGCAGCGUCCUCCACCCAGCAAGAGGGGUAAGAGGUGCCAGAGAACAGUUCGCCCCAGGGAAUCCAUCAGGAUCACCUUCGCCGGUUGCUCCACGGCUCAGCGGUACCGCCCACGUACCUGCGGCGCCUGCGGCGACGGUCGCUGCUGCACGCCCUCGCUGUCACGCACCGUCCGCCUGCGCUUUCACUGCCUGGAUGGGGAGAGCUUCGCCCGGGACCUCAUGUGGAUUCAGCGCUGCAGCUGCACCAACAGCUGCCGCAGUCGCGUGCCGGCCUCCGGCCCCUCGGUGAGCCUCUACAACGACAUCCACACCUUCAGGCGCUGAGGCCCAACCGGCGGCGUUUGACCCGGUGCGGCGGGCAAAGGACCCUCUACCCACCUCCGCCCGUCAAACCUCCACCCCUCCCCCCCCAUCACUGAUGUGACAGGGACAGCCCUGCCUGUCAGUGGAGGUGGGGGGUGCUACUCAUUCAUGCCUCAGACUUUACAGCACAAAGAAGCUCUGCCGCCCCCCCAUACCCCCGCCCCCAUACCCCCACCCACCUAAAGAAAAACAAGAAAACAGGCAAUACACCCGCUUGCACUUUACGUUUCCUGCCACAAUGACAUCAGUUUACCCACACACGGGUGUGUGUGUGUGUGUGUGUGUGUGUGUGUGUGUGUGUGUGUGUGUGUGUGUGUGUGUGUGUGUGUGUGUGUGUGUGUGUGUGUGUGUGUGUGUGUGUGUGUGCGUGUGUGUGCGUCACUCCAUUCAACGGCAAACCGUUACCUUUUCUGCGGGAGGACGUCACCGAGGACGGCACACUUCGGUGUGCGGAGGCCCUGGACAGUCGGCAGGAGUUAUUGUUUUUUACUGACUCUUAUUCUAUUUAUUGGUUUCUUCUGCUCGUCUCCUCAGACACUGAAGGGAAGGAAGCGAGGGGGUUUAUUCGUUUAAUAUAGCGGAGAGAUGGCGCGUUGUCAUCGCAGAGAGAGCGCGAGGCCGGUGAACUGAAACACUGUGAGGAAAAUACACACCGAGGGACACGCUGUCUGUCAGCCAUCAGUGGUGGUAGUCAUUGUGACUGUGUGUGUGUGUGUGUGUGUGUGUGUGUGUACGUUGCAUUACUGCAUGGUGUGUUGUCUUGACUUCACUCUCGGCUGUGGAGUGGUGAAUUUUGGAGAUUGCCUCGUAUUUCGGGGUGUGACCGUCCGUAUCCCUCACAGUGUAGGUGUGUGCUUUCACACGGAGGAAAGAUUCAACCCUUGAUAUUUGAGAGACGGUGUGACGCCCCUUCAGUGGAUUGCUUUGUUUUUGACUCUCAGUCGCUGUCUUCACCAAAUAAAAUAACCAGCUCGUCUUGUUGCAUUUCAUACUGCACGUUGUUUUGAUUCAUUAUUAUUAUUAUUAUUAUUAUUAUUAUUAUUAUUAUGUUAUUAUUAUGUUAUUGUUAUGUUAUUACUGUCUCAGCAAAAUAAAACUGCAGACGCUACUGUCAAUGCAG